AAUUGUCACAUUUGACUAGACUGAGCAGUAUUUUUUGCCUGUGUUAAUCUAUUAUUCUGUUUUAUGCAUUUAUAUACACAACUUCACUGUACGUUUAGUGGGAAUUGGAGGAACUUGAACGCAGCGAUUUGAGGUUUCCUUCACGACUAUCAGGAAAUAAACAGGACGUCGACCUGUUGUGACCAGCUCUUUAUCUGGGGCUUUUAUUGUGGUGUAUCUUGUCUUUGUGUAAAAAAAAUGGAAGCUCUCUUUUACAAUUGGAAAAAGUAGUAAGAGAUUAUAGCAGGAUUUUCUGAAAGCCAUGUGUCUGCCAGACAAGUCCGCCGAACACAAAACCGAAAGCACAAGAUUUAGUGUCUUGGAAACCAAUCUUGUAAAUUUAAAACUCGUAAAAGUCAGAAAGUGGGAGACCUUUUUCUGCCACAUUAGCUCAGAUUACCACUUUCCAAAUUGUGUGGACAAGUUUAUUAGAGAUGUGGCUGUUUUAUUGCGUUUCUCCUUUUUUUUUUUUUUUUAAAGUGAUGAAAAUAAUGUUUCCGUUCUUGUGUUUGCCCGCGCAAGUAUUUUAUGGUCUCUUCCACCACACGCACACACACGCACACACACGCACACACACGCACACACACGCUCGCGGGCCUUUUUUUGGCAUCGUGACUGAAUUGCCCUCAACUCGUAAUUUGCUUUCUUCUCGUCCCGACCCGACUGGGAUUCCCGCACCAGUAAAAGAUUUUAAAAUGUCCAGACAAAAGAGGAGGGGGGUGGGGGGGUCGUCCCGUUGUCACAUGGUUACCAGACUCGUAGGGAGAAAAAAAAAACCGUCUGUAAGAUGUUUACCAAUAGGACGUACGUGUUACCUUGGACUCCCCUCAGCUCCCCCUAUUCAUGUGUGGAAUCUCAUUGUUGGUGCGGACAUCAUUCAGACUGGUGUUUUUAAGGCCAGAGGGAGGCUCCUGAUUCAUUAGAGACGUGUUUUCGAGGGGUUGGUAGUAAGGGAGAGAAGGGUGGGGGGCACUACGUCUUGUUGGUGACAGCGAGCUGUGGUUGAAGAGUCCCCGGGAGGUUUUUUUAAAUAUUUUUUUAACAGAGCUUCGGGGAGAGGGCCAAAAGGUAGUGGCUGAGCGAGAAGAGAAACCCAGAGGGAGAGUCCUGGGAAGAUGGCACCUGCCAGUUUGGUUCUCGCCUGGUUACUGUUCACCAUGAGGAUGGUCACCGCGGCGGCGUAUCUGGAGCAGCCGGAGGAGGAGGAGCUCAACGACACCGUCAUUUGUACCAACGACCACAUGGAGGUCGUUAUCCCGAGCGCUUUCUUCCUCAACAAAGUGCCUCCAGUUUAUGUUGAAGAUUUGCAUCUAAAUGAUCCGGAGUGCCGCGGCGUUGAGGUGGGAGACGACUACGUCUUCAGCAUCAAGACAAAUCUCUCCGACUGUGGAACAAUAAUGGCCUCGGAUGAUUCACACAUCAUGUUCAUAAACACGAUACACAACAACGAUUCGGAGGUCAUAACGAGGAACUACAUCAACAUAACAUUUGUGUGCCGCUACCCCGUGAACUACCUGGUCCAACAACCCAACGGGGAGAACAUGAUUAGAGUUGACGUCAGAACCAUCACUUUGAACACAGAGGACGGGAACUUCUCCGUGUCGAUGUUGCUGUACAAAGACGAGGCGUUCGAGAACCGGUGGACCACUGUGCCGUCGCUGACGUUGGAGGACGACAUCUUUGUGAAAGUCUUCAUGAUACCGGCCCACCUGAUGCUGCGUAUGGAGAGAUGCUGGGCUACACCGACCAGUGAUCCAUACAGUAAUAUUCAGUACACCUUCAUCCGAGACAGCUGCCCGGUGUUGUCAAAUGAACAGACCCUUAGCGUGCUGAAGAACGGCCGCGGCCCGGAGGCCACGUUCAGGAUACAAAUGUUCAAGUUCGUCGGCAGCUCUUACACCGACGUCUUCCUCCACUGCAACGUCCAGAUCUGCCACAACACCCAGGGGAUGUGUCAGCCUAACUGCUCCAGUGAAGAUGAAUUCAUCCGGACACGCAGAGACAUCCCUCUGUCCCAUACAGUGUCUUAUGGACCAAUCAGACGAAUACUUAACAGUGAAAAGCCCAGUCUGAAUGCAGGCAGAUUCCCCCACGUGGAGACUCUUGUCCUCGGAGGGCUGCUGGUCGUCUUGCUGCUGGUCACCGGCGUGUUCGGGAGGCUGUGGCUUCGCUCCCGACGUUUCUACCCAGCGCGGGAGGCUCAGCUCACUCUGUCCAACAUCCACCACAUCUCAGAGGUGGCCUCGUGAAUCGGGGGGGGGGAAUCACGGAACACGGACCCUUUUUUUGAACCAAUAAAAUGACCACACAAACAUGUAAAAAAAAAUAGAAACGCAUGUUCAGGUGGGAUUUAUUAUAAUAAGAAUAAGAACGGUGAACAUCUUGCAUAUGUUCCUCUUUAUAGAAUUAAUUUCCUGGAUUGUAAGAAAUCAGCCUAAUAAAAGAAUUUCCCUGAAGGGUUGUCUCAAUUGUUAUUUUCCCAGUGGUGAAAAAGUGUAUAUUCACGUAUUCAAGCACCAUUUUGAGGUACUUUAGAGCUUUCAAUUUGUACUUCUGCUUUACUACAUUGUUAUAGUGACUAUGCCUCUAGAUACAAUCUGAAUAUGCCAAGCAUACGACCAUAAACAAAUUAAUUGUUAUAGAUGAAACAGCCCAAUAUUGUUAAAUAGUAAUAACGUUUUACAGGGUGAAAAGGGCAGUA